CUGCCUGCACAGCAAAAUAGUAGAAUAUCAUUUUUCGAGGGAUAAAAACACAACUGUGUGCAGUACUUGUUAUGAAAUGUCAUAAAAUAUUCAUGUUGCCGCGUCUUCUCAAAAGAGCGUGUCGGGUUAACGACGUCUCACGGUGACUCGGGCUGUAAUUCUCGUUCAUUUCCGGAGGGCGCGUCAGCGGACGAGUCGCAUAGAGCGCGCUGUCUCUUCUGGGGUUGGGACAACCGAAGCUCCAUUCAUUCUACCCUCCGAAAAAAAGAUAUCCCCCGAGCGCAAUGCUGCUGCAAUUUUUGAAACAAAUACUAUUUACAAUUGUGUAAAUAUCGGAAAACAUGACCCGGGCUCAUUGCAGAAUUAAUACGUUAGUUUGUGAUAGUAAUUUGUCUGGUUUGAGAAACGCCGAUCGUUGACUAAUGGUCCGGGACCUCUCUUCGCCGAUGGGGUAGCAGCUAGCUGGAUACGAAAACAGCGUCAACUCCGUGAGCAAGGGACAGCCUGUCCACGCCUUCUGUGGUGAAAAGGUUCAGCAACCAAGUGCUGAACUAGCCUUUUCGACUUCAACAAUCCUCCCUGUUUGACUGAAUUAUGUACCAGGUGCAGGGGAAAGGGGAAAGGGCUGUUGCCAUGGUGCUGAAGGAGCUUCCGGGUAAAAAGGCAUCCUCAGAAGGAAACCCCCUCCUCACCGUGACAACCAAGCUGGUCGGUGAGCAGCAAGAGAGCCGCCCGCUGCUGAGCCCCUCCAUCGACGACUUCCUGUCAGAGAGCCGCAUCGAUGGCCCUGUGGUCCGGCCGGUCACCUCCAACACAGCAGUUCUAUCCUCAGCCCUUGACCUGGUGGACCUGAGCGAGCCCAGUGAACGCAGUAGCAGGAAGGUCAGCGUCAGGGAGCGUCCGAGCCCCUUGGGGCCCCGUAAGGGAAAUUCUAAAAACAGCCCACGGAGAGGGAAUAGACGAGAUGAGACAGAGCUCAUCCAGGUGGAGGUGGAGCGCGCAUCGAGCGCUCGCACCCCACGAGCCCCCGAGAGGGUCUCCCUAGAGUCAGUCAGUUCCUCUUCUCCUUUGGAGAAAUGGGAGGAAGUGAAUCUUCACCCUGAAGUUGCCCUGAAUGACAGCAGGAAGAGACGAUACGAAAAUAAGUGCACCUCACACCACUCCUCCAGUGAAUUAAUAUGGUCAGCAGAGUUUAAAACAAAUUCAUCUGUGAAAAACUCAUUUGAAGUCAAUAGCAUUGAUGACGAGGACCACAUAUCAGCACUAAAGGACCCAGUACCCCGACAAGUGCGGCCCAGUCUCCGUCACCUCUUGGGCAGACAUCAUUCCCAGGAGGAGGAGUUUGUAAGGGCAAAGGCUGCUGUAGAGUCGGACACAGAGUUCUGGGAUAAGAUGCAGGCAGAAUGGGAGGAACUGGCUCGCAGGAAUUGGCUCGAGGAAGAAAAUGAAGGCCCGAUACCACCCAGCAGCUCUCCAAUUGAGAAGGGCUACUACUUUCACACCUACAACCCGUACAAAGAGUGGCCCAAUGCUUUUGAGGAAGGGCAGCAGAAAGCCAGAGGUGGAGACCUGAACAAUGCCGUCCUGCUACUGGAGGCGGCCAUUUUGCAGGACCCAUCGGACUCGGAGGCUUGGCAGGUUCUGGGCACCACACAGGCCGAGAAUGAGAAUGAGCAGGCAGCCAUCGUGUCACUCCAGAGGUGUCUAGACCUCCACCACAACAACUUGCCGGCCCUCAUGGCCCUGGCGGUGAGUUUGACCAACACAGGCAUGCAACAGGACGCUUGCAAGGCCCUGCACCGAUGGAUCUGCCACAACCCCCGUUAUAAACACCUACUGCCGGGGAGCCGGAGCCCACUCCUGCAGGGGUCCCCCACCACACCGCGUAGGGGUCGUCCCCAUACGCCAACCUCUUGCAGCCAGUUGGCGGAGGUCAAGGGAUUGUAUCAGGAGGCCGUCUUGCUGAAUACAGAUGGGGUGGACCCGGACCUCCAGACAGGCCUUGGGGUCCUGUUCAACCUCAGCUCUGAGUUUGACAAGGCUGUGGAGGCCUUCAAGUCAGCCCUGUCUGUCAGACCUGAGGACUACCUGCUGUGGAACCGCCUGGGGGCCACACUGGCUAAUGGGGACCAUAGUGAGGAGGCAGUGGAGGCAUACACCCGGGCCCUGGAGCUCCAGCCAGGCUUCAUCAGGUCCCGCUACAACCUGGGCAUCAGCUGCAUCAACCUGGGAGCGCACAAGGAGGCAGCUAGUAACUUCCUGACUGCCCUUAACCAGCAGAGGCAGAGCCAGAGUCACCAAGUCAUGUCGGCUAACAUCUGGGCUGCCCUUCGGAUCGCCCUCUCCAUGAUGGACCGGCCCGAACUCUUCCAGGCUGCGAACCUUGGAGACCUGGACCGUCUCAUGAAGGCCUUCGAAAUGGGGGCGGGUUAAUGUGACCACGUUUAGCGGGGCUCCUCAGAUAAACAGUUCGCUAAUUGGCUAGAGGGUUGCCAGAUUGGUGACCAAGAAUGGCUUCUGUUAAUGUAAAGCUAAAUUAAUGUCUGACAGAAGAGAGGGGGGAUUGUAGAAUAAUUGAGGUGUUCUAGUAUUUGAAAUGCCAUUAUAGUGGAAAUAUUGGAAGACCUGAACCAACUUGGGAAAUAUACACACUCUUUUAAUUUAGACUGGCCUCCAGCAGCUGAAAUUAGGCUACAAUAACGCAGCCAUAGAUCAAAUGGUAUUCCCCGUUUUGGUAUGGCACUGUAUACAACUUCUGCUGUGGGGUCAUAUACAAUGAGGUACUACUAUUUAUUUCUUAUCCCCGAAGAGCACAACGUUGACUGAGAAAAGGAAAAGACAGAGUCUGCUGUAAAGUAGAGGAAAAACAAGCCAUGCAUGCCCGGCAAUCACAUUGUGAAAGAACUGAAGCCUUAUACUAACUAAGUGAAAUGAUAUCAAAUGCACAAGUCGUAAUCACUUUUAUAGACAGCGGGUACUGAUGGUCAAAUUGUGUGUAAUAGUAUAGACUAGGGUCCUCUUGUGUAUAGUUUUUUUUGUCAUUUUGUACAUACCUGUAUUUAGUUGACAUAUCACCUCCAUCCAAUGCUCCAAGUACAGUAUGUAAUAUAAGGCUGGUUGACAGGUCCGAUAGGCCGGAAAGUAAAUAAGCUCAUUCGGACAUACACACACGUUUUGUCGGUACACAGACUGCCUCUGGAUGAACAAUCAUUGUACCAUUUUGGGUGUGUGUGUGUGUGUGUGUGUGCGCGUGUGUGUGUAGCUUGAUUUUAUUUCAACCACUCUACAGCAAUAAGUGUCGUGUUUUUCCACAAUGCCCACUUACUAUUCAAGUAGUAACUACCCGCACACACCUGCUUGCGACACCUGUUCCAUCUGUUUUUGCAACAUCAGUCACAUGAAAGGAUGUCUGCCUCUCGUCUUUACUAGCGUCUCAGUAGCAACUAGUGACGUUCAAACAGUGCUUUGUGAUCCUGGCUUCAAAGUGUGGCAACAACCGCUGAAAAUGAAAUCCCUCUAAAGCAGCCUGUCAUGUUCAACUGAGAGUGAUUAAGUCAACAGUGAGGAAAAAGCACUCAAAAGACCCGCCAAUACAAGUUAUGCAAGUCACCCGUUCGUUCAUUGGUUUUACGAAUCAGUGUUUGAUGAGAUGUGAUUUCAAGCAUAAGUCAUCUGCUUUUUAAGAAAUUCUGUUUUUGAGGAUAGAUUUUCCAGUUUACUCUUUCUUACCAGAAAAAAAGGUGUGGUGUUUAAAGUGAAUAUUGGUUUACAACUGAAUUGGUAGUGGACAUGUGUGUUGAAUUGACAGUAAAUUCCCUAUGCAAUAUACAGUAUAUUUGUACAACAUUGACUGUUGUCUCAUAUUUGGUUCAAUUAACCAAACUCAUUGUUUCUUUGGGAGUUUGAACUUCUGUCCACAUGCAAAGGCUAAAGACCAUUACGAUUUGUUUUUUUAAGCAUAUGUGUUAGUGCCAGGCUGGAACAAAAGCCUGUUCUCUGGAAGUGGGGUUGGAGAACCCUGAUUUACACUAACCAAUUCCCCAUUUCCUUAGAAUUUACUUUGGGUCUUUUUACCUUCUCAGAUUGUCAAUAAGUUGAAUGUUGGCCAUGGAAUUUGAGAAUGUUGGCCAUGGAAUUUGAGAAUGUUGGCCAUGGAAUUUGAGAAUGUUGGCCAUGGAAUUUGAGAAUGUUGGCCAUGGAAUUUGAGAAUGUUGGCCAUGGAAUUUGAGAAUGUUGGCCAUGGAAUUUGAGAAUGUUGGCUUGUGUAAUGUAGUAUAAUAAUAUUUAUUGACAUUGUACAGUACAUACAAAUCAAAUGGCAAAGUUACUAAACAGUUUCCUCACUGUUUCUACACUGUAAAUAGUGUGCACUGUAUAAAUUAAAGUUACAGCCUAAUUCUAAAAUGGAUUAAAUAAAAACAAAAUGCUCAAUCUACACACAAUACCCCAUAUUUACAUUUUAGCAACUGUAUUAAAAAUAAACAGAAAUAACUUAUUUACACAAGUAUACAGACCCUUUCCUAUGAUACUCUAAAUUGAGCUCAGGUGCAUCCUGUUUCCAUUGAUGAUCCUUGAGAUGUUUCUACAACUUGGAGUCCACCUAAGGAAAAUUCAGUUGAUUAGACAUGAUUUGGAAAGGCACUCCUGUCUAUAUAAGGUCCCACAGUUGACAGAGCCAAAACCAAGUGAUGAGGUUGAAGGAAUUUGGGAAGGGUAGGCAGGGACUGGGAGACUAGUCAGGAUCGAGGCAAAGAUGAACGGAGCAAAGUACAGAGAGAUCCUUGAUGAAAACCUGCUCCAGAGGGCUCAGGACCUCAGACCCGGGUGAAGGUUCACAUUCCAAAAGGGCAACGACCCUAAGCACACAGCCAAGACAACGCAGGAGUGGCAUCGGAACACGUCUCUGAAUGUCCUUGAGUGGCCCUGCCAGAGCCCGGGCUUGAACCCAAUCAAACAUCUCUGGAGGUACCUGAAAAUAGCUGUGCUGCAACGCUCCCUGUCCAACCUGACAGAGCUUGAGAGGAUCUGCAGAGAAUAAUGGGAGAGACUCCCCAAAUACAGAUGUGCCAAGCUUAAACCGUCAUACCAAAAAAGACUGCCAAAAGCUGCAUCAACAAAAUACUGAGGAAAUUGUCUGAAUACUUAUGUAAAUAUUUCUGUAUUUUCUAAGAAACACUUUUUUCUUUGUCGUUAUGGGGUAUAGGAAUACCUAGGAUAGGAUAAAGUAAUCCUUCUCACCCCUUCUCACCCCCCUUAAAAGAUUUAGAUGCACUAUUGUAAAGUGGCUGUUCCACUGGAUGUCAUAAGGUGAAUGCACCAAUUUGUAAGUCGCUCUGGAUAAGAGCGUCUGCUAAAUGACUUAAAUGUAAUGUAAAUGUAUUGUGUGUAGAUGGCUGAGAUAUUAUUUUUUUUUUAAAGUCCAUUUUAGAAUAAGGCUGUAACGUAACAAAAUGUGGAAAAAGUCAAGGGGUCUGAAUACUUUCUGAAGGCACUGUACAUAAAAAACAAAACCUAUCAAAAAUUGUAUUUACAGGAUAAUACCAAUGUAUAUUUAAUGCAUUUCUCUAAGAACAACUAUUACAUGUAUUAGCAACGGAAUAUAUUUUACUUACAAGCUACAGUUGAAAUGUCGCCUGUAACCACAAGCACUUAAACUCAAUCUGCACUUGCAUAUUUGUGAUUAAAGGAAUUGUUUGCCCAAAUUACAAAAUAAGUUAGUAUACUUGCAUGAUAAGAAAAACAACUAUGAGCCAGCCAUCACUAUGGAUAAUAUUCUCUUCUGGUCAAUAGAAACAUCUGAUCAUCUAUCUUUGUAAUUUGCGGAACUAUCCCUUUAAGCCAACUUUAAUUAAAAAUAGCUGUACUUAUCAAUAUGCAAUAUGUUUAGCAUGGUAACAUGUUGUGAAGUCAAAUCCUUUGUAAGCAUCAUUAGUUGUCACUUAGCUUUUCCAAAUGUUCAUGCCACUGUAUAGCAGUAUUCCUGUAAAGAAAAAUUAAACACGGGUUUAUUGUCAAUAUUCAAAUAAUAUUUUAGAAAUUAAAGUGUUGUUACAUAAGAUGAAUGCCAUUGUUUUUUUC